GGAUGUUGCCACCCAGUCUGUGCCGGAGCGCAGCGAGCGGCAGGAAGCAUAGCGGACGACUAGCGGCAGGGGGAGGAUGGAGAUGCGGAGAACCGACAGCUCAUCGACUCUGGUGCUUCCCACGAAACGUUAACAGCGACAGAUCAUGAUUGAGAUGUUUCAAGUCACAGAGCUGAAUACCAAACUGCCUUCUACUGUUAAGAGAUAGCCAGUGUGCUGCAUGGAGAAGCAGGAGGAAUGACGGAGUCUUUUCCCCCUAGGGUGACGCACCAACAGUUUGAGAAAAUGCACUGGGCCGGUGGAUACGUUUUUCUGGUCCUGGCGUCCCUUAUCGCCUCUCACACCACCGGGGCCUUAUCAGGGGACAUGGAUGGAAACAAUACAGACAACGCCAAUGUGACAGACGGCAAUGUGACAUACGGCGGAUUUGUCCCAGUUGUGUUCACAAAAGUGAGCCAGAUAAUUGCCCGUGAGGGGAGCUGCGCACUGAUUGAUUGCAAUAUCACCGGGGAGCCGUUCCCCAGUGUUCAGUGGUUCAACUCCCAUGGAGACCGCCUGGACACGGAAAUGAAUGGUGAGAAAUGGUGGCUGAUGGACACUGGCAUCCUCAACAUCACCAACAUCGAGUUUGCAGACCGUGGAAAGUACACCUGCAUGGCGUCCAACGUGCUUGGCAGUUCCAACUGCACAGUGACGCUGCGUGUGGUCAUCACUAAAGGUGACAUGGGCGUCUACUACAUGGUGGUAUGUCUGGUCACCUUCACCAUCAUAAUGGCCCUGAACGUCACACGCCUAUGCAUGAUGAGCAGCCACCUGAAGAAGACUGAGAAAGCCAUCAAUGAGUUCUUCCGCACCGAGGGCGCCGAGAAGCUGCAGAAGGCCUUCGAGAUCGCCAAGCGAAUUCCCAUCAUCACCUCGGCCAAGACGCUGGAGCUGGCCAAGGUGACGCAGUUCAAGACCAUGGAGUUUGCGCGGUACAUCGAGGAGCUGGCUCGCAGCAUCCCGCUGCCGCCGCUCAUCAUGAACUGCCGCACCUUCAUGGAAGAGAUCCUGGAGGUGGUGGGGGUGGAGGAAAUGAGGCACACCUUUGUGAGACAAGCGCCCGAGGGAUGCCGCGAGAUAGCGAGCAGGGCCAUCGGGGCGAGAGACGUCUUCACCAUCCUGCAAGAGAGGGAGCUAGAGAGAGAGAGGGACCGCAGCGAAUCCCCCGCCGCCGACUCAGACAACUCCUCAGUCCACGAGCAGCCGCAGCACAUCGCCAUCCAGGUGUCGGUCCACCCGCAGCUCGCAAUCGAGGGUUACUGCAGCAUUGAAGCUCCACCUCAGCCAGAUGCCACACCUUCAUCGCCUCCCCCCUGCUCCUCUUCCCCACCACCACCACCACCACCACCACCACUCACUCCUCUUGACCCCGAGGAGCAGCCUGAGCCUGAGGCGGAGGCGGAGGUAGAGCAGGACAGCGAGGAGGCUGCGCCCGAACCGACAGACGCAAAUAAUACCGCUCCCUGCCAGGUGUUUUAUGAGAGCCACGUGUGACGAGACAAACAAACGUCCUGGAGGAACGAUGAGUUAUCCUGCUAUGCAUUUCCACUUGACGACAACAACAAAAGGUCAAAUAAACAUUUUUAAUUUCACAUUUUGGAGAGGAACAAUCCCAUUUUUACUCAUCUUUUCUGAACGGAACAAUCUUGAACCUUUUGCAGGCUGUUCUGAGAAUAAAUCAGAAGGUUUUGAGACACUGAGCGGGUUUUCUCUCUCUGGACUUUCACGCUUGAAUGUACAUGGCAGGGGUAAUCAAUAUUAUUAAUGUAAUAAGCAGCGAAUUGUAAAGAGAUAUUUCAUGUGAUUAUCAUAGCUCAGACUAUAUGAUUUUCAGUUUAGUUUCUUACAAUGCUCCGGUUUCUAUGACUGAGAAAUCUGCCUCAAGCUGCUCUUCAUGCCGUUUUCUCAAACCAUGAAAGAUAAGCUUCUUUCAUCCGCUCAAGAAUUCACAUCCAGCUACAGCUGAUCUACAGCUGAUCCGCUGUUGUUGUACAAAGUCCUGCUCACCUAGAGAUGCAUGCUGGACUGAAAAAAGACAGUUUGGUCACUAUUUCAUGAUUGUAUGGCCUACUGUAUUUAUCCCAAAAAAACAAACAAGUAAGCCAGGUGAAUCUGUGUACAGUAUAUUUCCUGAUCUGGUCACACACAUCUAAGAUUUGUCUGUUUCCUUUGAAAUGUUUUGAGUAUUAUUAUUAUUACCCGUUGUGGUGUGAUUAUGUUUCCCAGCUAGUUAAAGCAGUUUAAAAUAAAUAAAUAGUCUGUCUUCUUUCUCCUCAGUA